AUGAGACCUGCCUUCAAAUCGCGUCUUCGGCCUCUGUCGUGGACACGAGUUGUUCCUCGUGCUCAUCGCCAUGCUCGCUGGGUUCAAAUUCGCGCCGCGCCGACGGGCCAGGCGAACAGGGACCAGCUACCUCUCGCCAGUAUCACCAACUCUGCCGAGUCUCGAGAUGCCCGAUUCGAUGUCAUUGGUGCUCCGUAUUCGCUCCUCUCGGUAUCCCUCUCGGCCUCGCAAAACCUAUACACGCGCCGCGGAACUUUAGUCGGUCUGAGUGGCAAGGCGGACAAUGUCGUUUCGACGUUGAGUGUUCUGGAACCCUUCCGCAGGGUCGCGACUGGCGUGCCAUUCCUUUAUCAAAAGGUCUCUUCGGCGAGCCCAGUAACGGCGCUCAUAUCCGUCCGCAAUCCCACGACAUCGUUCGCUGUCGUUGAGCUCGAUGGUUCCGUGGACUGGAUGGUGGCCCAGCGACAAGCCCUGCUGGCAUGGACGGGCCGAUCUCUGUCCAUAAAACCCACUAUCAAUACUAGCCUGAGCCUCGCUCACUGGGGUAGCUCUGAAGUGACUGGCCGAGGGUUGGUCGCGUUAGUCGGAAAUGGGCAAGUAUACUCGGUGGAAUUGAAGGAAGGAGAGCAGUAUAUUGCUCAUCCUAGCAACGUCGUUGCCUAUACAAUGACCUCGAACUCUCCUCGUCGCUACCGCUUCAAGUCCACUACCCUCAAUUUCCAGGUUCCCGGUUUGAGGACACUUCCUCGCUUAUUCCAGAGCAACAAGUACAUCCAAGAUAUCUCUGCGUCCAAAGCGUGGAAGUCGACAAUGCGCUUUUUGCAUAAGCUGCGAACUUGGUCCCGUAUGACUAUUUGGGGAGAUCGGCUCUUCCUUCAGUUCGAUGGUCCUACGACCGUUCUUGUGCAGACUCGUGGCCCCCGGCUGAAUGACAUUGUUUCAGAGCAACAAGUAAACGAGAUUGCUGACGCCCCUCGCGGUAUUACUCAAUCCUCCUCAAGUGGAAAGACGGAAGAGGGAAGCAUCGAUGCCCUGGUUGAGAAAUCCCGCCAGGAGAUUCAGGGAAUCAGCCACAGCCUCGCCCAGAUCCGUCCUGACGGAACAGUCAAAGCCGAUGAUGCCAGUCACUCCAAGACUGUUUAA